AUGCCCUUUACCUCACUCGCUCUACUUCCUCUAAUAUUUACAGCGUUCACCGAUGCUGCUUACACUCCUUCGAGUUUUUCCGCACCAAUAUCUGGCAGAGCAUCUCGUCGAAGGGACAAGGCCAAUGCGUUGGGUAGCAACGGAAUCACUUCGUUGGCUGGCGCGAAUACCGACUCCGAAUACCUUGUGAACGUAACCGUCGGAGGACAGAACUUCAGGCUCCUAGUUGAUACUGGAAGUGCGGAUCUAUAUAUUCCCAACAUCAACUUCACCUGCGUUAAUGCAACUGGAAACACGGUCCCACAAUCUACUUGCGCUCUGGGGAGCGCUGGAUUUGACCCCACUGCCUCCAAAACGUUCCAGCUCCUCGACAAUGUAAGCUUCAACAACACAUAUGGAACUGGUGAAUUUGUAGCGGGGCCAAUGGGUCUCGACACCGUUACUAUCGCUGGCAUCGAGGUCAAGAAACAGGUUGUGGCCGUACCCGAUAUUGCGUUCCUCGAAGGGAAUGGCGAGAGAUCGGGAAUACUGGGCCUGGCCUUUCCUGAUGAUACCCAUUUGUUCAAUGUCAGCGAUCCAACGAAAGCUUCAAGCAGUACCCGUAAUCCCUACGAUUCUUUCUUUCUCAGUGCAUACAAACAGAAUAAAGUCAACCGUCCCUACUUCUCUUUAGCGCUCAACCGUGGCAGCGUUGCCAACGAGCUAAACUCGACUUUGGAUCCAAACCUCGGUUAUAUCGCAUUUGGCGGCGACGUUCCAGUAGCAAUGUUGCCUCACACGUCAACUACGGUUCCCAUCCAAACUGUCGCUCUUUCAUCCAAUACUUCGGCCGAGUUUCUCUGGUAUGCAGUGACAAUUGACUCGUACAACUUCCCCGGUAGCGAGUCGAUACCAGCAGCCGCCAACGGAAGCUCAACGCCAGGUCCUACGAUUAUUGAUAGUGGCACCCAGCUCGUUGUAGUACCCGAGCCCGUCGCUGCUGGCUACGCGUCCAAGUUCAACCCCCCUGCAACUCUCACGGCUGCUGCAACUGGACUUAGUCUUUGGACAGCAGACUGUAACGCAACGGUUCCAGAGUUUUCUGUCACCAUAGGCAGGAAGAAUUUCACCAUGGACCAGAAGGACCUUUUAUUCCCGGUUUUGGCGGACAAACAGGGGGACAUCGUGUGUCUCCUGGGAGUACAAAAUGCCAGUCAUCCAGCGCUUGCAUUUGAACAGAGCAUCUUUAUCCUUGGCGACACCUUCCUGCACAACGUGGUCACCACUUUCAACCCAAUUGACAAAGAGGUUGCCUUGACGGAACGAGCGCCGUAUUAG